GCGAAGAGCUGCUGCUGGUUUGAAUUUUUUUUUCUUUACUUCAGAGGGAAAAUUCAAGAAACACAAAUAGCAGAGAGACGAACACAGAGACGACUGUUAGACUGUUGGAGAGUGUUAAAGAAUCAGACUGUAGGUCAGUUAGACUGUUGGUUAAUCAGACUGUAGGUCGGUUAGACUGUUGGUUACAGAUUGUGAUGGAGGUGCUCCACUGCAGCAGAAAAAGGCCCUGUGGUGGAGCUGUCCUCCAGCUGCACCAGGAGGCCCAGUGUCCUCCUCCUGCAGGUAAGAGGAGGUGCAGAGAGGAGGAGGAGGAGGAGGAGAUGAAGAGGAGGAGGACAGGAGGGGGCUGUCAGGAGAAUCUUGAUCCAGGAGAUGAUGUUCAGAGGAGGACACAGACCCUGAGAGACAUGAGAGACAGAUGCAGAACCAGGACCUCAGUCUGGUCUGGGUCUGGACUCAGGUCAGGUCAAGCCCAGUUGUGCAGACCUGAGGUCAGAGUGGCCCACAUCAGGAAGACCAGGAUCAAGACUGAUCACAGGACACCGACCUGGGUCAGAUGGACCAGGACCACAGAGUCCACCUGUGAGGUCAGGUCCAGGUCCACAGCAGGUCUGGUCUCAGAUCAGUCCUCAGAGACCAGAACCAGGUCCACAGCAGGUCUAGUCUCAGAGACUAGGACCAGCAGGUCUGAGAGAGGACAGAGGGAGACACCAGGGAUCAGGACCAGGACCAGGAGGAGGAGGAGGAGGGUCCACCCAUCAGUGAUCAGAGGCAGAGGUCAGCUGCAGCUGUCAAUCACUCCGGAGGCGGGACAACUCAUCAUCCAUAUCCACCAGGCCAGAGGACUCCUCAGGUCAUGUGACUCCUAUGUGAAGCUGUCAGUGACCUCUGACCUCAGCAUCAGGAUGAAGACUCCGACCGUCCUCAACAACAAGAACCCAGCAUACAACUAUCAGUUUACACUGUGUGUGACCUCAGCAUUAAUAAACAUCACGUGGUUACUGACAGUCAUGAUUGUGUUACCCCGCCCCCUCAGGUGCCGCCAGCUGAUUGGCUGUAUGAGCUUUGGGAUCCGUUCUCUCAUCUCAUUGUCAAAGACUGUCACUGGUUGGUUCUACCUGCUCGAGGAGGAGCUUGGGCGGAGCAAACACCUAAGAGUGACAUCACAGAGGAACAAACCAAUGAGGAGCCCAGAGGAUGUUCCAACACUCGAUCUCCGGAGGACUCCAGAGUCUGCCCUGGAUACUGACCUGAACCACAUCACCUCCACCACAACCAAGCUCAACCGAGUCACCACCUCCAUCACCUCUACCUCCACCUCCACCUCUGGACUCAGAGAUCUGACCAACCACAGCCUGACCUCCAGCUGCCCUCAGAGCCUCCACCCCACCACCUACAGCAGCUCCGUCUCCACCCUGAACUUCAGCACCACCCAGUGCCAGGCGACCACAGACAGCAGCAGAACCCAGCGACUAACGGUGAGUGUUGUUCGAGGAAAAGAUGGUUUUGGAUUCACGAUCUGCUGCGACUGUCCGGUCAGAGUCCAGGCUGUGGAUCCAGGAGGUCCGGCUCAUCAGGCUGGGCUCCGUCAGGGAGACUCCAUCCUGCAGCUCAACGGACUUCCUGUAGAAACCUGGAAGUGUGUCGACGUUGCUCACGCUAUCAGGAGUUGUUCGUCUCAGAUCAUGUUGGUGGUGUGGCGAGGUCCACCUGAGCUCAGGACAGGAAAUGACGUUUUGCUCCGCCCACCAACACACAAUAAGACAACAGGUAGGAAGCUGCUGCCUCACCCUGCCCACAGUAAACAUGGCCGCAGGCAAGGUCAGGGGUCAGUGGUCCGCUCCAGUCUGGGAGCUCUGGGUUCUCUGUGGAGGGACAGGAAGGAGAACCAUGAGGAGGAGGAAGAGGAGGAAGAGGAGGAGCAGGAGGAAGAGGUGACGGAGUACUCAUCUCACGCCACCACACUGAAGGGAACCCGUGUGACAUCAUCACAUGGAGACAAUUACAUCAUCCUGUCACCUGUCAGUCCAGGAGGACAGCUGCUGCAGCCGGUUUAUCAUGACAGAAAUGGAACGAUUGGUCGUCUGUAUCAGACUCACCCCAGCAGAGGUCAGAACCUCCUCCAUGACCCUCGACCUGGGUCAUUACGGAGACCCUUCACCGGCUGUACCUCCACCCUGCCCCCACUCCCCACCACCUCCUCUUCAUCAUCCCCACCCAGUAACUACAGCAACUACCAGAACUGCACCAUCGUCCAAUCACAUCUUCCCUGCUCUGCCUACGGAACCUAUGUCACCCUGGCGCCCAAAACCCUCAUCUUCCCCAUCUUCGUCCAGCCUCUGGAUCUGUGCAGCCCUGACAGAACCCUGCUAAUGUCAGAGGAAAUGAUCCUUCACCAGUCUGACCUGCUGCCUGCAAAGGUGACAGUGUUGAUCUACAGUGACCUGCUGCUGUUCACCAGAGAGGAUGAAGCCGGACGCUGUAACGUCCUACAGAGUCCACUGUACCUGAACACACUGCAGCUGAGAGAGGUGGCGGCGGAGCCCCUCCUGAUCUACUUCGUGCAGAGCUCUCAGGGUUGUUGGCAGCGUCUCUUCAGCCUGGAGGCUUUCAGCAUGGAGCAGAAGAUCAGAGUCAGUCUCUGUCUCCAUGACAACAUCCAGCUACAGCUGGUCACCACGGAGACUGGACACAGUCACCAGCCCUCAGACCUCCCCUCAGACUUCGGCCUCCUCUCUCUGAGUCAGUCUGACAUCCUCUAUCGUCCCUCCUCUCCUUACUCCUCCUCUGCUCCUCCCCUCCUCAGCUCCUCCUCUCCUUACUCCUCCCUCUGUGACCCCCUCAGACCUCCCUCCCCCUCUCCUUACUCCCCCAGCUCUGCCUUCUCCUCCUCCACCCCUCCCCCUCCUCCCCUCUUCUCCUCCCUGUCUCCAUACACCUCAUCCUCACCUCCUUCCAGGACCUUUACCACUCUACCUCAGCACCUCCCCCCACCUCCCCCCUUCUCCUCCACCCACAGGAGUCCAAUCUGGAAGGAGAGGGGAGGAGCAGAAGAGGAGGAGGAGGACAAGAGGAAGAGGAGGUGUGAGGAGGUGGAGGAGAGGCAGCAGGGGGAGGGAGAGAGUGCCUCAGAGACAUCAGAGACAGUGGGAGGUGUUGGAGGGCGGAGCCUCCUGCUCAGCCCCCACCACCUCUACAUGAAGGAGGAGGAGAGUGAUGAAGAUGAAGAGGAGGAGGAGGGGGGAGGUGCUGAGGAGUUCCCCUCCACCUUCAGACCUGCAGUUCUGCGUCGCUCUCUCUCUGAGGGUUCUCUGCUGCAGGAACCUCGGUCUCCCCGCUUCCUGUCUGACAGCACCAUCCAUCGACUUAUCCGCCCGGUGACCUUUGAUCCUGAGCUUGGCACAGGCCCCACCCCACAACCCCCCUCCAUCCACACCCUAAAAAGACAGCUCACCAGAGAAGGGGGGUCCCUGCACCACAUGCUGCUGCUGCUCAAUGGCACCAAGGACAGCGAGUUCAGAAACCUUCAACUGAGGAAGAAGACGAAGAGUCUAGCCGCUGAUGUUCGGAGCCGCCUGCUGUUUCUACGGCGACGGAGGGUCGGUGCCUGUAAGCGUGGCAACAGUUUGGAGAAAGCUCUGAGGAACAACAGACCAUCUGGGGGAGAGGUGCUCAGGUGGGCGGAGAGUCUGGAGGCUCUGCUGACCAAUCAGUAUGGUCUGGCUGUGUUCCGUCACUUCCUGAGGUUGGAAUUCAGCGAGGAAAACCUCGACUUCUGGUUGGCUGUGGAGAGAUUUAAGAGGACACACCCCCUCAGCAAGAUGGCCGCCAGAGCUGCAAAAAUCUACGACGAGUUCAUCUCUACCAAUGCAGCGAGACAGGUCAACAUGGACUCGUCUGUCAGAGAAUCAACCAAUCAGAGCCUUCGUCUUGGUGUCAGCCCUGCCUCCUUCCAGCUGGCCCAGGAUCAGAUCUUUAGCCUGAUGGAGACCGACAGUUACCCACGAUUCCUCAGGUCCCGCCUCUACGCCCAGCUGGCCAAUCAGGGUGCACAGACAGCUUCUGAGUCGUCCAAUCAGAGCAGAGCUGGGUCUGCGUCUGUCGGCCAAUCAUAAGGAGGGAGGAGACAGAGGCUGACCAUCAUCGGAUUGGCUGUCAGCAGCUCGUGUCAUCUAUUCAGACAAGAGCCGACUAAUGAGAAGAAACUGUCCAGGUGCAUUCUGAGAAAUAUAGGAUCCACUGUUGACAGACUAAAGGUCAGGACGUCUCCUCCUCUGUUGCCGCUGUGGACUGCUCCGUUUUUAACAUCACAACAACAUUCUACGACUACCUUAAAUAUUUUUAAAAACAUAUUAAUAACUUUAGUAUCUUUGACUUUAUAAAAACUUGUCAUCAGAUAUUUGUUUGGGUUCAAACUGUGUCUGAUUUUAGUUUUUAAAUGAUGUCAUCACCCCCCCAUUAAGUAAUGGACAGACGAGCAGCCGCAGACUCUUCAGUCUGACAACAUGUCCUGUUUCCUUCAGAUGUUAAAUGUUAACAUUAAAACAUGAGACGACCCACAGACGUCACGUCUGAACAUCACCAGGAUUAAUCGCUUUUUUAUUGAUUCCUUUUUUUAUUUGACUCUUUUAGUGUGACUGUUACCUGACGUUAAGUGACGUUAGUGACAUUAAGUGACAUUAAUGACUUUAAGUGACGUUAGUGACGUUAAGUGACAUGAGUGACGUUAAGUGACGUUAAGUGACGUUAAGUGACGUGAGUGACCUUAAGUGACAUUAAUGACGUUAAGUGACAUUAAUGACGUUAAGUGACAUUAGUGACGUUAAGUGACGUUAGUGACGUUAAUGACGUUAAGGGAUAUUAAUGAUGUUAAGUGAUGUUAGUGACGUUAAGUGACGUCAGUGACGUUAGUGAUGUUAAGUGAUGUUAGUGACGUUAGUGAUGUUAAGUGACGUUAGUGAUGUUAGUGACGAUAAGUGACGUAGCUGUGUGUUAUUAGCAGAGUAGAUUUAAACUGAUGUAACAGGAAGUGACCUCCUGAGGUCUGUCACUGAUGAAGAGACAAUGUAAUGAAACAGUCUGACAAUAAAUGAUGUUGUUAAACUUU